AUGUCGGCAACAAUAACACUCACGAUGUCGCAGACGUCAGGGGUUCAAGCUGCGUGUCCGAAUUGUGGAAUGGCGUUACCGCAUAACAAUUCAGAGAUUGCAAUAGAUGCGCAGAAACAAAUCGAGGAAUUACAAGCUCAAGUAAAGUUACUGACAGAGAAAGCAACCGCCGCAGUGGAUAAAUGGGCAGACUACGAAGACGAAAUUCAAUCGCUCAAGAAAGCACAAUCUCAGCAAAUUCCAGAACCUCCGCGCGCAACAACACCAACACAAGGGCUCACUGAAGAUCGAGCCGGAAGCCCAAGUCGUUUCUCAUAUCUACCUGUUCAAAAUCGACUUUCUUCUUUGCUGUCUCGCAAGUCCACACCGAAUCUGCAAGCUCAGCCUCCGCCAACACCGAAAACACCUUCUACGACGGAGUUAGUAGCGGCUUUAACAAGAGAGCAAGGCUUACGACAGGCAGCGGAGGGCAAAUUGAAUGCAUCCAGUGUCGAAUUAGAAGAGUUGACCGCACAACUGUUCACACAAGCCAAUGAAAUGGUUGCCACGGAGCGAAAAGCGAGAGCAAAACUCGAAGAGCGAGUUGAAGUAUUGGAAAGAAGGGAUGUGGAAAAGGGAAAACGGCUCGAAAGGCUUGAAGGCGCGGUGCAAAGAAUUGAAAGAGUCAGGGGGCUUUUGGCGCCGGAACGAUGA